GUCCAGCAUGAUGUCAUGACAAGGACAACUUCAGUCAAUCGCAUCACUGUGCCAAUGGAUUCUCAAGAUUCUACUCAUUUUCAGUAUCUGCAAUGUUCCAAGGCGUCUCUGAUACAGAAUGGCUGAAAUUUACGUGGCUGGUGCGGUAGCCGCCUUCACAGUCGACCUCUUGGUCUAUCCGCUCGACACAUUGAAGACGAGAUAUCAGAGUCAGGACUUUAUCAAAACAGAUGCAAAGGCACCGAAGCCUUUGGCAUUCAGAGGCCUCUACCAGGGCGUCGGCAGUGUCAUCCUAGCUACGCUCCCCGCUGCUGGCAUAUUCUUCUCCACCUAUGAGUCGGGUAAGAGGAUAUUCGGUGAGGCUCUGCCGAUUCCCGACCCCUUAGUCCACUCGCUGGCGUCGUCCGUGGCUGAGAUGGCUUCUUGCGCGGUGCUGGCACCUGCGGAAGUCAUCAAGCAGAAUGCGCAAAUGCUGCGAAGCAGCCAAUCGGGACCAAAUAAUGAGUCAACAUCGUUGCGGGCCUUUCGAGAACUGCGACGCGGAGGUACAAGGAGGCUAUUCACAGGUUACACUGCGCUUGUGGCGCGGAAUCUGCCCUUCACAGCCUUGCAGUUCCCCUUGUUUGAGCACCUUCAGACGACCUUAUGGAAGCGAAGGGGUGGUGAGCCUGAUCUGAGAGAGAAAAGUCUUCUCGAGACGGGAACGAUCUGUGGUACGAGCGCAGGUACAGCAGGGGCCUUUGCGGCAUGGAUCACGACACCAAGUGACGUCGUUAAGACGAGGAUGAUGCUGUCUGCUGGCGAAGAUCGAGAGGGCAAGUCAGCGAGCGAGACGGUUGGAAAGACUAAGAGAGGCGCAUGGGCUGUGACGCGGCAAGUCUGGAACGAAAGAGGCCUGCGCGGAUUCUUCCGGGGCGGGCUCUUCAGGUCUGCCUGGACAGCACUUGGGAGUGGAUUGUACUUGGGGACGUACGAGACGUCAAAAGUGUGGCUCAAGAGGAGGAAACCAGAUCUAGACGAUUCAGUCGGCAUGUAAGGUAUACAUAUCAAUCACCUACAGCUAAGCUUAUCAUGAGGCUUUACGACGAUACCACAGCAACGGACCAAAUCGGAUGAAGUCGUCAGCCAAUGACUAUCAU